CUGUUUCAGAUCCGUCCUGCUACUCCUGCUGCAAUCUGCCGAGAUCUUGUCAACCCACGAACAGGAACAUCAGACUGCCCAAAUGUAGCCUAUUUGUGCAACAACGCCCUCUACUACAAUCUCAUGACACAGCAAUGCCCGAGGACAUGCAACAGAUGUCCUCCAGGAACAGUGACUCCGGCCCCAUCAACCUGUCAAGAUUUGGUUGACCCGAGAACAGGACGCUCGAACUGUGCUCAAGUGGCCAGCUACUGUCAAAAUCCGCUCUAUCUCGCUCUCAUGAAACAGCAGUGCCCCAGGACUUGCGGAUAUUGCCCGUGA